CUUGUAACGUAUUUUAGAAAUUUGAAUUUUAUUCAAAGUUUUAUGAGAGAAAAUUUUUCAUUUAAAAAUAAUUCAGAGCGAAUUUUGUGAAAAAUAUUAAUUAUGGGUAUUUUAAAAGGAAAGAGUGGCUUGCGAAAGUCCCAAAUAAUAAACUUUGUCUGGACAAUCAAUGAUUACAACAUAGAAAACAAAUAUACCAACAAAAUCGAGUGUGGAAAAACAAUUGUUAAGAUGUUGAUGGAACCGAAUUAUGAGAAUGGAAAAGUCAUAGGUGCUAUUCCAUUCAUAAUGUUUGAUGAUGUUGAAGGCAUUGAUAAGUCAACAAAGGAAUUCUCGAUUUUGAUCAAAAAUGGAAUUAAAUACGAAUCAUCCUUUGGAUUUAUUAAUCCACUAAAGCUUAAAACUCGCUAUUCUGCUGGACCUGGGAUGUUCAUGGAAGCUUAUAAUUAUAUUCGCUUUUUGGAAUUGCGCAAAAAUCUAGUUUUGGAGUUUGAGAUUUUGAUCGUUAGUGAUGGCUAUGAGAAAGAAGCCAAAUUUGAUGACUCGAAAUAUUCAAAGGAUCUGCAAAAAAUCUUUGACAACAAGUCAUUCUGUGACUGUGAAUUCGAUGUUAAUGGAACUACAAUCAAGGGACAUAAGUUCGCAAUAUUCGCACGAGCACCAGCAUUCUUAAAAGCAAUCGAAGAUGCUGGAAAUAAGCUAAUGAUCAAGGAUUGCUCUGUUGAUGGAUUCAAUGAGUUUUUGCGAUUCUUGUAUUGUGGAAAACUGGCUGAUAAAAGCGAUGCAACAAUUUUUGAUGUUUUAAGCUUGGCUCAUUCUUACAAUGUUCAAUAUUUGAAGGAGAUCUGUGAGGAAAUCCUAAUGAAUAAUUUGAAUGCCUCAAAUGCAAAUGCCAUCUAUCAAAAUGCUCAUAACUAUGAAUUAAGUGACGAGUUGAAGAUUCAAUCCUUUGCAUUGAUUCAAGUUAUGUUCAAGAAUAUCAGUCAGAAAUUGCCAGAUGAAUUUAUUAAUGAUCCAAAAUAUGUUGAUAAUCUCAUCAACCUUGCUGAAAGCCUUAUUAAUGGAUUAAAGAAAAAGGAUUUGAGUAAAAAUCAAGCAUUUAUUCAAGCAUCGCCGAGUGUACAACAAAUGAAAGUCGAAAGUGCUAUUAACGACAUAUGCAAGGAAGCUGAAAGUUUGAAUUAUGAUCAAAUAGAUGUAGCAGAAUCAGGAAGUGAAUUUCAAGCAGACGAUUACGACCAAGAAGUUAUUGAAAUGGCAGAAUUUAGUUCAAUGGAAAAUUACGUCCAAAACAUGAGUGAAAUUAUCGAUGAAGAACUGGAAUAUCAAGAAUUUGCUGAAAAUGUUCCUGACAACACUAACAAUCGCAUUUUAGAUGUUAUUAUCGAAGAAGAUGUUCUCAUUACUAAUACUUCAUCUGAUGAGUCAAUUGCUGAUGAUUCUGAGCAAAACAAAACAUUCAAUGUUGGUUCUGACAGCAUGAAAACAGUCAAAGAAAAUCGAGAUGGCGUUGGAUGUGAAUUUGAAGACACUCCAACAACUGUGGAAAUUGAUGUGAAAGUUUCGGACACAGUAGAUGAAGUAGAAGGAAUUGUUAAAGAUGAGGCUAUCACAGAAUUACAAAUGGACAUGCAAAACAUUGAAAAAUUCAUUAUUCAAGUAACUGACGAAGUCGGUACGGUUGUUGAAAAUGUUUACGGUCGCAUGGAAAAUGAUGGUGCUAUGCCUGAAUGUUCAGGAACUGUAAAUAUUGCUGAAAAAGAUGAUAAGUUGAAUGAAUCAGUUCCUGUAGAUAAAUUAAACAUUGAAAUACAAAUUGUUAAAGAUUUUGCUGAAUUGGUGCUCAUGGAUGAAAAUUUGAGCGACACUACUGAAGCUGCACAACAAGAAGCUUAAUUAUUAUUGCAUAAAAAUGCUUGUCUGUAAGUUUAUUUUUGAUAAAUGCUUAUUUUUUUAUCUCGGAACUAUUAAGAGAUAACUUUUGGAUUUUUGUUUACAUUUUUUUGCUAGAGACAAGCUUAGAUU